AUGCCAACUGUUAAUGAAAUAAUCGAUAGGCUCAAAGAAUUGCUUGAUUUUGGAUUUAAGCCAACAAAUACGGCCAUACUUAAUAUUUUGCAGUCUUUUGAAAGCCGGCUAGAUCUUAUUGGCAAGAAAAUUAUCUAUUCAUUUAUUUCAAUUCGCAAAAAUGAAAAUCGCGAUGAAUUUUACAAAAAAAUUGUUACCGAGGUUAUUAAGCCAGAAUGUCAUAUCGAGAAAUUUGAUGUUCUAAACUUUUUAGAUGAAAAUAUCGGCAGCGAAAGUGGGCUCAUCUUUUUGGAUGUGAUGAGAAAAUUCAAAGAAAGAACAUCAUCUUAUGCUAGUCCCAUCCCAAUUGAUUAUAUGCAAAUAAAUCUGUGA